GCGACCUCGAGCGUUCGUGAAGGAAAGGGAGUGUUGACCUUCAUAAUAAAAAAAAGGAAAGCGAAAACAUUAUACAAAUAACAAUGCAUUCGUCUUCUGUCCUGGCUUUGGCGGUGUGGUGCGUCCUUGUGUGCGAUGACUCAGCAGCGGCCGGGCCGUUACCCAACCUCACCCUGAGGGAGUUUCCGCCAGUGGUAGACGGGUUGGAGUUGCAGAGGGUGGGCGGUGGAGGCGAGACGCCCGUGCUCAGGAAAGACUACAGCGACGCGAUCUACGCCGGUCGCUUCGCCAUCGAGUUGGACCGGCUGGAGAAACAGCGCAAUGAGAUCUUCUCUGAUUUCAUCUUCUCGGGUUUCACGAACUCAGAGGUGCCCCGCGAACUGCCACUGGACCUCCAGCAGCUAUCUAGGACUCCGUCGACGCCCCUCGCCUCCUCCGGCGUCCUCUCCUCCCCUGCGACCCUCGGGAGGAGCGUGACCUCCAGCAGCUUUUUCAGGUUCCCCGGAGAGGUCAGGAGGGCUCCUCCUACUCUGGACGUGGUCAGGACAGCCACGGCCGCGCCGGAAUAA